AUGGGCGGGUACCUCUGCCAGCCCAUCAAGCAGGGCGCCGACAUUGUCACACACUCUGCCACAAAGUGGAUUGGCGGCCACGGCACAUCCAUGGGCGGUAUCGUCAUCGACGGCGGCCACUUUGACUGGAGCGCGUCGGGCAAGUUCCCCGGGUUCACGGAGCCGGCGGACGGAUACCACGGGCUUAAGUUCUGGGAGACGUACGGGUACAAGGCGCUCUCGGCAAAGCUGCGGAUGGACAGCAUGCGUGAUCUUGGACCGUGCCUGAGUCCCUUCAACGCAUGGCUCCUGCUCCAGGGCCUGGAGACACUUGCUCUGAGAGGAGAGAGGCACGCCGAGAACACGCAGAAGCUUGCCGAGUGGCUCGAGGCACACCCUAGCGUCAACUGGGUGCUAUACCCUGGCCUCAAGUCACACCCCGACUACGAAUACACCAAGAGGGUGUUUACCAAUGGUGCGGGUGGUGUCUUGACCUUUGGCGUUGCCGGAAACAUCGAACAAGUCCGCUCCGUCGUCGACAACCUCAAGCUCUGCUCGCACCUAGCCAAUGUGGGCGACGCAAAGACGCUCAUCAUCCACCCCUGGGUGACGACGCACCAGCAGCUCCCCGACGAGGAGAAGAUCAAAGGGGGCGUCACCCCGGACCUCAUCCGCGUGUCGGUCGGCAUCGAAGGGUUCGAAGAUAUCAAGAAGGACUUUGAGCAGGCGUUUGACAAAGCCGGGUUGCCGGCGGCGACCAAGGCCGGCGGGGAUCCAUUCUCCAAGGCGCUGAACCUCGUUUCGGGCGGGUUUAUGGGGAGGGCGUCGACGGGCGCGCCUAGGCCUGGGACGGAUGGGACUAUUUCUGUCGAGGCUUGA